UGGAGCCGCGAAGUUUUGCCGGAGGUAGAGGCGCGGCGGUAGCGUUGGCAGAGCUGUCUGGCCCGAAGCCAGAACCUUGGCUUGGGAAGCCGGGGACAGGGCCAGAUGCUCCCGCUGAGCCCCUAGUGCUGCAUCCAGAUUCCGUAGGUGAGGUUUACUGGAACCCCAUCCUGCGAAAUGGCAGCCACCUUGGAUUUGAAAUCAAAGGAGGAGAAGGAUGCUGAGUUGGACAAGAGGAUCGAGGCUCUUCGGCGGAAGAAUGAGGCCCUCAUCCGGCGCUACCAGGAGAUUGAGGAGGACCGUAAAAAAGCUGAACUCGAGGGAGUUGCGGUGACAGUGCCCCGGAAGGGCCGCUCCAUGGAGAAGGAGAACAUGGCAGUAGAGGAGAGGAGCCUGGGUCCUUCCCGGAGGUCUCCUGGGACCCCUCGGCCCCCAGGGCCCAGCAAGGGGGGCCGGACGCCCCCACAGCACGCUGGCCGGGCAGGCCUGGGCCCAGCAUCCCGCAGCUGGGAGGACAGUCCGGGAAAGCAGCCUCGAGGAGGAGCAGGGGGUCGUGGCCGGAGGGGCCGGGGCCGGGGCUCCCCUCAUCUCCCUGGAGCCAGAGACAUCUCAACUUCUGACCGCAAAUCCAAGGAGUGGGAGGAGCGGCGCCGGCAGAACAUCGAGAAGAUGAAUGAGGAGAUGGAGAAGAUCGCCGAAUACGAGCGCAACCAGCGGGAAGGGCUGCUGGAGCCGAACCCAGUGCGCAACUUCCUGGACGACCCCCGGCGACGCGGCGGGCCCCUGGAGGAACCUGAGCGGGACCGCAGGGAGGGCAGUCGCCGGCAUGGACGCAACUGGGGAGGCCCCGACUUUGAACUCUGUGGCCUCGAGCAGGAGCGGCAGGGCCGCCGGGCCGGCCUGGGCGGUGCUGGAGACAUGACGCUGUCCAUGACGGGCCGGGAGCGGUCGGAGUACCUGCGCUGGAAGCAGGAGAGGGAGAGGAUCGACCAGGAGCGGCUGCAGAGACACCGCAAGCCCACCGGCCAGUGGCGGCGGGAAUGGGAUGCUGAGAAAACCGACGGGAUUGCCCGGUGUAAUUCAGGGAGGUCUCAGCAGCAACCCAGCACCUGCCCUUGCGGAUCAGCCUCACAGCGUCGCCUUUUAUCGCGCUGCGCCAGCCUCGGCCACCGGCAGUUCAAGGAUGGCUCAACCCACGUCCAUGAACCAUUCAACGAACCGUCCCCCCGCUACGAUGAGCAGGCCUGGGCCCGGCCCCCCAAGCCCCCCAAACCCCCUACUUUUGGGGAGUUCCUGUCCCAGCACAAAGCUGAGGUCAGCAGCCGCAGGAAGAGGAAGAGCAGCCGACCCCAGGCCAAGGCAGCCCCCCGUGCCUACAGCAACCAUGAUGACCGCUGGGAGAUGAAGGAAGAGACAGCAUCCCCAGCCCCCGAGGUCCCCCAGCCUGCUCCUCCCGAGGAGCCACCUCUGCAGACACCUGAGCCCCCAGCGCCUGCCCACCGGCCUCCUGAAGAUGAGGGGGAAGAGGACGAGGGGGAGGACGUCGAUGGGGAGGACAUCGACGGGGAGGAGGACGAGGAAUGGGAGGACGUGAGCGAGGACGUGAGUGAGGACGAAGAGGAUGAGGAGGGAGAGGAUGCUAUCGAGGAGGAAGAGGAGGAAGGACCAGCCCAAGACCACCAACACCCAGGGGCCGAGCCCACUGGGCACCCUACCAGUGAGCAAGCCGACGACGAAACACCCAGCCAGCCAGAGGAGCCCUCGCCACUCCCCCAGGCCUCUGCAGCGCCUUCUAGCCCCUUCUCGCCUCCCAGCGGCCACCAGCCUGUGUCCGACUGGGGUGAAGAGAUGGAGCUGAAUUCUCCCCGGACUGCCCACCCGGCUGACGCCCUCUCUCCGGGAGGUGACCAGCCAGUCCCUGCCCCCCUGGAGAGUGGGCCAAGCCUUCCAGGAACCCAGAAAGCUGAAGAGGAGGGGUCUGAGGCAACUGCAGAAGCGGGCCCGGAGGGCCAGGAGACGGCGGAGAUCACUGACUUCCAGAGGGUGCGUUUCUGCAAGGUGGUGGCGGCCGCCCCACCACCCGGGGCCGCCCGCUGACCGCGCCCACAGGACUGCGGCCACCGCGCUCUGCACUAACCUCCCGCCGCCGCUCUCCUCUGCUCCUCUGCUCCGCUUCUGCCACACUCCAGCCAGCAGAGGGUCACAUGUAAGGGGGGGAGGAGCCAGGGUCAGUGAGCCAGGUGGGAUGGGGACAGUGGUCAGAAUUUGGAGCGGACUCCACGAUGGGUGAGGCCUCCAGUUCCUCCAGGUGGGGUCUAAAGGGGCCAGCCGCAGUUACCGGCCGAAUCUCCCGCCUCCAGGAGCUUACAUCUGGGGCUUGGCUAAUAGUGACUUCCGAAGGGCCUGUCUAUUAAACGCAGUGCUUCCGCUAACCUUUGGACUGUGUUUCUGGCGGGGCAGGACAGGGUGCUGUGCUUGGCGGGCCUUU